AUGUAUGUUUCACAGCUUGAGUUUGCUGCAUGUAGACUGACUAUAGUAGCACGGAAGUACCGCGAUGAACUCCGACCACGACAUGGCCUUCUCCGAAGCCGUGAGUUCACCAUGAAGGACCUAUACACGUUCGACAUCGAUAUACCAUCUGCGUUGCAAACAUAUCGGCGAGUUGGGGAGUCAUAUUCGCACUUUUUCAAUCAGCUAAGUCUACCGUUCAUCGUGGCUGAAGCCAGUUGUGGUGAUAUGGGAGGCAGCAUGAGCCACGAGUACCAUAUCCCUUCCCGUUUAGGUGAGGAUACUGUCGUGAGUUGCCAGCAGUGUGGUUAUGCAGCCAAUGAAGAAGUUGCUGCUCUGGAAGGCUCAGUAGGCAUUCAGCCCAAUAUUUCCGGUCCUCCUCGUAAUCCUCGGGUAGCAGUCUGGAGAGGUGUCACAAAACGAAGGGACACCCUCGUCAAUGUUUGGUAUAACUCCGACCGCAACGCGCACUCACCUAUAAACAUCCAUGCAGUGAAGGCCUUAGUACCCGACCUUGACCCAACCAUUGAAGACGCCGCGCCAAUCUGGGAUGAACUUCUUGGUAAGACAAACAGGAUCAAGUCUUCCACACAGCCUCUAAACUUGGUCAACCUGCUCGAUUUCAGGGUUGCUCAUCUCGAAAACGAAAUCACCAAUAAACCCGCCUCACUCCCGGCAAUGUUUCCGCCAGGCAGCUUUGUCACAGAGGGUGUAUCACAGAUAUUUAUUUCGAAGUCAGCCCUCGGUCGUCCAUUGAACCUUGCCCGUGUUCAGAACGGUGAUGCAUGCCCGCGUUGUGAAACCGGGACCGUCACAGUGACAAGAACCCUCGAGCUAGGUCAUACUUUCCACCUCGGGACUCGGUAUUCAGAUCCCCUCGCAGCAAGGGUCACCAUCCCCCAAAACAAAUCUGGAUCACAUGUACCAACUUCCCUCGCGAUACAGAUGGGUUGUUUUGGUAUCGGUAUCACGCGAAUUAUGGGCGCCAUCGCAGAAGAACUUUCGGACGAAAAAGGGCUCAUAUGGCCAUUGAGAAUAGCUCCUUACCAAGUCAUCAUUGUUCCAGAUUUCGAUCUUGUUCAAGAAGCUGGGGAUGUGUAUGACACCAUCACCACCAUGUCGUUAGGAUCCUCUAUGUCUUCCCUUAGACAUGUGGAUGCAAUCAUCGAUGACCGCCCUCAAUCCAUGCCGUGGAAGCUGAAGGAUGCUGACAUUACAGGUUAUCCUAUACUUAUUAUUAUGGGGCCUUUCAUUGAGAGAGUUGGUUUAUCCAGCGAGCCUACCGCACCAUAUUCACAGCCUGAUGCAGCGAAUGAGACUCACGAGGAAACAUGUUCCAACCGAGCUACACUUCUUCAUCAAAGGAAAGACGGAUACCACCUCGACAAUGUCAUCCCAAAGUGGCGAAGCUGUCAAUCUCGACAGCCUAAAUCUCCAGCAACUUUCCCAGGUGAAGAAGCAGAUUGA